AUGAAAAGACACAAGAAUAUAAGUCUAAGGAAGUCUCAUCCUCUAGAAAAAUGUAGGGCUGAAAUAUCUCAAAAUCAAAUCGAUCAAUACUACGAUCUUCUUGAAAGUACAUUGAAGAGAUUAGAUCUCAUGAACGACCCGACCCGAAUUUAUAACUGUGACGAAUCAGGAUUUUCAGGUCGCCUAAAUGGUACUAAGAAAGUAAUUGUCCCAAAACACAUUCGUCAUCCAAACCAAACCCAGGUCAACAUUUCUGGGCAUAUCACACUAUUACUAGCUAUUUCUGCUGCUGGACAAACACCCCCUCCACUUGUAAUUUUCUCUGGAGCCUUGCCUAGGGAUGACUACUCAACAGGUAUACCAGCUUCAUGGCUAUUUGAAAAAACUGAAAGCGGAUUUGUAAACAGUGACUUGUACAUGAAUUGGUUUAAUAAUGCAUUUCUACCAUCCAUAGGAAGAAAACGUCCUGUUCUUUUGAUUCUCGAUAAUCAUGUCACCCAUUUGUCUACGUACGCCAUUGAUGCAGCACGUGAUAACGGUGUAGAUUUGUUGUUUUUUCCAUCACAUUCGUCCCAUUUACUUCAACCGCUUGAUGUUGUCUAUUUUCAUGCAUUAAAACAGAAAGUAGCUGAUAUGUCAGUUGAGUUAAAUGGUUAA